GGUGCGCAAGAAACCAUGCUGGAGAUGCUGAGCGGCCAGGUUUUGAUUUGUCGGGAGAAUCACUGAGUAAUUUCGAACUAGAAGUGAUUAGUUGAUAUUGAUUUGCUGCGUGUUAUUAUUUUAGAUGUCUAUGACAAACCGGCUGAAAAACCCCAGAGAGGAGAACUGCAAUUUACUAAUAACCAGAAAGACAAAUCAUAAGAGAAGCAAAGGACCAGCAACACAGAGUAAACUAGUUUCCCGGUGGUAGAGGAGGAGAGGAGGAUACAAUAAAAGAAAUAAAAGGAUUUUGAUUUAUAGAAGGACUAUCUCUCGGUGCAACAGUCGGUUGGAAACUUGAAGACAGGAAAGUGGAGAGACAGAAAGCGGAGGAAUAAGGAAGAGAGGUCUCAGGUCGCCAGCUGUGCCAUGCAACAUGAGUAACGGCAGUAACGGAGUUGGGGGGCUUCCACCCCCCUGGAACUUCAAUGGGUCAUCGAUCAUCCAAUCAGCUGACCUGCUCUCCAACACCUCCUGCAAUUCGUCCUCCAAUGAUUCAACAUUCUGUUCUCCUGUGGACGAAGGAGUUGGGGCAGGAAGUCCAUAUAAAGCUCUGGAGAUGUUUUUUAUUGCCUUGGUUACAGGAUCUCUGAGUUUUGUGACUGUCACAGGAAAUAUUUUAGUCAUGCUGUCCAUCAAAGUAAACCGUCACCUACAAACUGUCAAUAACUAUUUCUUAUUUUCAUUAGCAUGCGCUGACUUGAUAAUUGGUGCUUUCAGCAUGAAUUUGUACACAGUCUACAUCAUCGUUGGCUACUGGCCGCUUGGGCCGGUGGUGUGUGACUUGUGGCUAGCUUUAGAUUAUGUUGUCUCAAACGCUUCAGUUAUGAAUUUAUUGAUCAUCAGCUUUGAUCGCUAUUUCUGCGUGACGAAGCCCCUCACAUAUCCGACAAGGAGGACAACGAAGAUGGCAGGGUUAAUGAUCGCGGCAGCAUGGAUCCUGUCGUUCAUCUUGUGGGCUCCCGCCAUCUUGUUCUGGCAGUUCAUCGUUGGACAGCGAACAGUCCCACCCGGAGAGUGUUAUAUUCAGUUCCUUUCGAACCCUGCAGCAACGUUUGGGACGGCCAUAGCAGCAUUCUAUCUUCCUGUCAUUAUUAUGACAGUCCUGUACAUCCACAUUUCCCUUGCCUCCAGGAGCAGGGUGUCCAAACACAAACCAGAGAAGAAGGAGAAGAAGGGAAUUAAAACUCCCAGCUUGAUGAAGAGUCACCUGUUAAAGCAGAACAAUAACAAUGAGACCAGUCCUCAGACCAGUCCUCGCUCUACGCCCAAAGUCAGUCUGGACUCAACUACCACUGCGCUGGAGGCUGUGAAAAACGGCAGAGUGGAGGAACCAAAACCUGUUCAGCCAAAACCGCUAGCACAACCCAGUCCAGGACUCACACAGGAAAAGGAGAGCUCCAACGAUUCGUCCACAGCUUUUAUUCCACACACAGAACCAAAGGACAACACCAACAAUGAGGUGAUAUCUGAGGCUGCAACAAAUCCCAACCCAGAGGCCACUUCAACAGCCAAUCCCGCAGUAUCCAAGAUCAACUCCUCGAGGUGGUCCAAGAUAAAGAUUGUAACGAAGCAGGCCGGGGACGAAUGCAUCACCGCUAUAGAGAUUGUCCCCCCUGUAGAGGGAGCCGAGAGGCAUUCAAUCCCAAUCAGCCGUCCCAGGACUGUGGCAAGAAAGUUUGCAAGCAUUGCUAGAAGCCAAGUGAAAAGGAAAAGACAGAUGGCUGCCAGAGAGAAGAAAGUGACCAAGACUAUCUUUGCCAUCCUGCUGGCUUUCAUCAUCACAUGGACACCGUAUAACGUCAUGGUGUUGAUCUCAACCUUCUGCCAGUCUUGUGUCCCUGACACUGUGUGGGCUAUUGGCUACUGGCUGUGUUAUGUCAACUCUACUAUCAACCCAGCUUGUUACGCACUGUGCAACGCCACAUUCAAAAAGACGUUCAAGAACCUGCUGCUGUGCCAGUAUAAAAAUAUUGGUACAAGAUGAGAUGGAUGGGGAAGACUUAGGGUGUGAUGGAUGGGGAAGGGGUAAACAAAACAAGAGCAAGUGACAGAAGAAGAGAGAAAGGAAAUAUUGUUUAAAAGGUGAGUAGAAGAGCACUAAAGGAAGAGAGGAAAUGUUGAAAGGUGAGUGGAAGAGGGCUAAAGGAAAAUGGAUGACACAACUUAGUUGAAGGGUUGCUUCUAAAGAGGAUGAGCAACUGUGGUUUAUUCAGCAAAUGAAUGCCAGUCAUCCGCAUUGGUACAUAUACAUUUAGAUGGAUAUGUGAGUGUAAACCAGUGAUUCUUUAACCCGCCCAGUUUAACGCUACACUACAGGAGUUCAGGAAUAGUUUCACCAAUUAAACAAUCAUGUGUCACUGCCUAUUUAAUUAUAGCAGCAACAAGUCAUUUUCACAGCUACAUUCUGUCACAAUCACAGCGAAGGCAGCAACCAGUCAAAAUACUAGCUAUGUAGACAAAUAUAAUAACUAGUGAAGACUAAUUUUCUUAAAAUUAGCUGUAAUGAUAUAGACUUGCAGCUGAGCCACAGCUGAAAGUGUGCAAACUCAAUUGGAACUAAAACAUAACAGCAUGCCAUAUCAUAAUGUAUUCAUGCUGUAUGCAUGUUAGAACUCUUCCUCUGUGGAUCAGAGGGAAUGCAUAAGGUAUUGCAAGGUAGCUCAAAAUCUAUUGCAAGGGAAUUCAAAAGUAGGGCAGAAAAAACAAAAAUUCUUCCUGUGUGCGUUUGGUGGUUAUUUUCAUUUAAGGUUAGGGCAGCUUCUUGGAUAGAAAUGUUAUCGUGGUGAUCGCUUAUGAAUUUGAUCUGAUUUCAUUAUCGUUUAUAAAUAUUUAAAACUCUGAUACAAAUUAUGCAAUUGGUUCUGAUACCAUAGAUCAUAGAUGCCAUAAGACGGGGGAAAAAUGAGAUUAAAAUAUGAAUAAAUAAGAUCUACAUAUAGAGGAGAGGAGGGAUGACUGGGAGACUUUGACUGCAACUGAGGACAGAGCAAAGUGGAGGGGGGUAUGUUGUGGGGGAGGAUAGAGGAGACGGUAGCAGCAGUAGGAUGGAAAAUAAGUAGCAUACCACACUGUGGCAGCCAUGUUGGGAAGGUCUUUAACUUAUGAGCAACAAAAGCAGCUAAUUACGCUUCUAAAGAAACUUUAAUUCUAUACAACUUGACCACCUCAUUAGCUGUAGUGCUAUUAGAGACAUAGUAUUGAUUCUUUUUCCAAUUACCCAGGUUUGUGUUUUGAUCAUUCCAGUUCAUAUGCCAUCAAAUAACAUCAAGAUCUUGCUCUCAAUAAAUUUGAUUUGCUUGCUUAAUUGUAUGUCAUAGAACCGUAGAAGUUACAAAUAAUUGAAGAGCUUACUCUGUGUCUCCAAAUAGGCUUCAUAUUAGUCGCCUGCAGUUUGUUAGCCAAUAGUUGUCUUUAAACGUGUUAUUUAGCAUAUUCAACAACGAGCAGUCCUUAGAAGUUGCA